AUGGCUUCUUCAUCAACUACUUUGGUUAUUUCUAAGGCAGAUUCAAACAACAACACUAGCAAUAAUAUCAUCACACGCAUGGAUUCCAAGCUGUUCCAAGCUGCAGCCAAUGGAAAAAUCCAAGUGUUGAAGAAUAUUAACCAACCAAGCCUUGACCAAAUAUUGACCACAGAAAAGAACACAGUUAUCCAUAUUUGUCCACAACUGUUAUUACAAACCAAUGCAAGAGGAGAGUCUCCCUUACACUUGGCAGCAAGGUACGGACAUGAUCUUAUUGUUGAGUUUCUUAUUAAUCGAGCUAAACUACUUGAACAAUCUGAUCUUGAGAAGGCCAUCCUUGGUGGGGUGGAUAGUAGUGAUGUUGCCCAACACAUGAUGAGACUGAGCAACAAGGAAUUGGACACUGCGUUGCACGAGGCUGUGCGUUUCAACCAUCUUAAGGUUGUAAGGAUUUUGACUAAACAAGACCCUUAUUUCACACAUUUGGCUAAUGGAGCGGAAGAAACUCCGCUUUACAUGGUUGUAGAGGCGGAGUACUUAGAUUUGGUUGAUGAAAUACUAAACAAUUGUUCCACACCAGCCUCUACUGGCCCUAAUGGCAGAAAUGUUCUCCAUGCUGCAAUUUUAACUGAAAAUACAGGUAAUAACUAA